CACAGGAAGACGCUGAUAUAUGACGUCUUCUCCACUCCUUAUGCACAGGGACAGUCCCAGUCUGUAGCUCACAUAAUGACGGACAGUGGUUUAAGAUAGUCCCAAAACAUUAGGUCUCUCACUUUAACUGAUAAAUGUCAAAUGUCAGUAAAGGCUGUGCUGUGAGCCGGCCACUUCCUGCUUAUUGCGCCUGCCAAUGAAAUACUACAAUCCCCAGGAAUCCCGUUGCGAAGGAGGAGAGCGCAGCCGAGCCCUCCCCACAACAAGCUGCCACGGAGGGGAGGUGCAGGCAGCGAAGGAGCCCUGGGAGGGGGGGGGCAGGAGAACCUGCGGAUUCCCUCAUUUUAUAGCUUGUCUAUAUCUCGGUGGCUUUCAGGCAUCGCACUACUUCUUACGGAGCUUAUUUGGGGAGGGAGGCGCUAUAACCAAACUGAACUCUCCCGCAACAUUGAUGAACUGCAAGAUAUAGGGCCCCGCUGGCACUGACACUUCUGCCUCUCAGGUCCAACAACUAUGGGAUAGGUAGAGACAGGGCGCCCUCCCCUCAAGGGGCGGAGAGGAAGAACUGCUCGCUAGAGAGAGGGAGAGAGAGAAGAGGCGGGCUGGCAGUUUACAUGCUGCAGUGCUCAGUACCGGGUUUAUUAUUCAUUUCCUAGCAGGGAGCGCACAUGACUGGCACAGGGCGAUACAUUGGACUUGGCUGCAACAGGCAAGGGGGAUCUAAGGAGCCCCUUGUGAAGUGGCAGAGUGGGAGGAAGAGUGGUGUUCGCUGCAACAGGCAACAGAGGGUCUAGAGCCACUGGUGCAGUGCUGAGCGGCAUAUAGAGAGCUCUCUGGCUAACCGGUAGCUCCUGGUCCCCACAACUGUCAGGUGGUUUGACCUGACCAUCGCAUCCUCUCCAGUCUAAUCCUGUCCCCUGCCUGAGGGUGAAAUGUGACGGGUGUGCUGCUGUACCGCAAUGUUCCGCCUGGGCUGCAGUCGGCUGUGUCCUGGAGAAGAAAACCGUGUUGGAACUCGCACUGUGUACGUUGGACCUCGGUCAGCUUCCGAGACCGAUGCCUACAUCCAGCCAAAAUUCUGUGACAAUCGGAUUGUUUCUUCAAAGUAUACCAUAUGGAACUUUAUCCCCAAAAACCUGUUUGAGCAGUUUAGAAGAAUUGCAAAUUUUUAUUUCCUCAUCAUCUUUCUGAUUCAGGCAAUUGUUGACACACCAACAAGCCCAGUAACCAGUGGCCUUCCUCUGUUUUUUGUUAUUACCGUCACAGCUAUUAAACAGGGCUAUGAAGACUGGUUGCGGCAUCGAGCAGACCAUGAAGUCAAUAAAAGCACUGUCUACGUUAUUGAAGGUUCCAAAUGUGUCAAAAAGGAGAGUGAAAAAAUUAAGGUUGGCGACAUAGUAGAAGUCAGAGACAAUGAGACUUUCCCAUGUGAUCUAGUCAUGUUGUCUACAAGCUGCCGUGAUGGGACCUGCACGGUUACAACAGCAAGCCUUGAUGGGGAGUCCAACUUUAAGACCUAUCAUGCUGUGCCAGAAACGGCUAUCUUGGCCACUUAUGAAGAUCUCAAUGCUUUUUCAGCCACCAUUGAAUGUGAACAGCCUCAGCCUGACCUAUACAAGUUUCAUGGAAGAAUAGAUGUAAACACUAACCAGGAUGUGAAAGCAAGGUCAUUGGGUCCUGAAAAUUUGCUGCUUAAAGGAGCAACUUUAAAAAAUACAAAGAAGAUCUACGGUGUUGCUGUAUAUACUGGCAUGGAAACCAAAAUGGCAUUGAACUACCAAGGAAAGUCCCAAAAACGUUCUGCUGUAGAGAAAUCCAUAAAUGCAUUUUUAAUAGUAUAUUUAUGCAUACUGGUCUCCAAAGCAACCAUCUGCACUUCUUUGAAGUACCUGUGGCAGAGCAAUCCAGCCAAUGAUGAGCCAUGGUACAAUGAGAAAACACGCAAGGAAAAGGAGGCCUUCAAGAUUUUAAAAAUGUUCACAGACUUUCUCUCGUUCAUGGUGCUAUUCAACUUCAUCAUCCCAGUAUCCAUGUAUGUUACUGUGGAAAUGCAGAAAUUCCUAGGAUCCUUCUUCAUUGCUUGGGAUAUGGAAAUGUUUGACGAAGAAAUAAAUGAAGGAGCUUUGGUUAACACAUCUGACCUUAAUGAAGAACUUGGGCAGGUAGAGUAUGUAUUCACAGAUAAGACUGGGACACUCACAGAAAAUAAAAUGGAGUUCAUUGAGUGUUGCAUUGAUGGCCAUAAAUAUGCAAAUACAGAUGCGAUGGAUGGGUUGUCUUUGACUGAUGGUUUAGCUUAUUUUGGUAAAGCUUCCCAGGACCUGGAAGAGUUAUUUUUAAGGGCGCUUUGCCUGUGCCACACAGUGCAGAUGAAGGAAGAGUGUCACACUGACGGGCCAAGUUUUUCAUCUACAGAUAAUUGUGCUUACAUCUCCUCUUCUCCUGAUGAAAUUGCCCUGGUGACUGGAGCCAAGAGGUAUGGGUUCACAUACAUGGGAACUGAAAAUAAUGUCAUGAGUGUUGAGAACCAGAAAAAUGAAAUAGAAAGGUACCAACUGCUGCAUGUUUUAAAUUUUGAUCCAGUGAGACGGCGCAUGAGUGUUCUGGUUAAAGCCAAAACAGGAAAAAUUUUCCUCUUCUGUAAAGGAGCAGAUAGUUCUAUGUUUCCCAGGGUGGCACGUGAUCAAGUGCAGAGGAUAAAGGUUCAUGUUGAAAAAAAUGCACUGGAUGGCUAUAGAACUCUUUGUGUGGCCUUUAAAGAGGUCAGCCAGGAGUUGUAUGAAAAUAUUAACAAACAGCUGGAGGAAGCAAAAUUAGCUUUGCAGGAUAGAGAAGAACGGCUGGCCAAAGUGUAUGAUGACAUAGAAGCUGAUAUGCAUCUUCUGGGAGCAACAGCGGUGGAAGACAGGCUACAGGAGCAAGCGGCAGAGACUAUAGAGGCUUUACAUGCAGCUGGAAUGAAGGUUUGGGUGCUGACUGGAGAUAAACUAGAGACCGCCAAAUCUACGUGCUAUGCCUGCCGCCUUUUCCAGAGCAACACUGAACUCCUGGAACUAACCACCAAAGAUUUAGAGGAGUAUGAAAGGAAAGAGGACCGUCUGCAAGAGCUGCUUAUGGAAUAUCACAGAAAACUGGUGCAAGAGGCUCCCAAACUGAAAGGGGGUGCUAAUAGGAGCUGGACUGGAAACCAGGACCAUGGUUUAAUUAUUGAUGGUGCAACAUUGUCUCUAAUAUUAAACUCCAACUGCAGUUCCAGCCAUUAUAAAAAUAUCUUCCUUCAGAUCUGCCAGAAAUGCUCUGCAGUCUUAUGCUGCCGGAUGGCUCCACUGCAGAAGGCACAGAUUGUUAAAAUGGUGAAGAACACAAAGGGGAGCCCAAUUACCUUAUCCGUGGGGGAUGGUGCCAAUGAUGUUAGCAUGAUAUUGGAAGCGCACGUUGGCAUAGGCAUAAAAGGGAAAGAAGGACGCCAAGCAGCACGCAGUAGUGACUAUGCUGUGCCAAAAUUUAAACAUUUAAGAAAACUUCUUUUAGCCCAUGGGCAUUUGUAUUAUGUAAGGAUAGCUCACCUUGUACAGUACUUCUUUUAUAAGAACCUGUGCUUCAUUUUGCCACAGUUUUUAUACCAAUUCUUUUGUGGCUUUUCACAACAGCCACUUUAUGAUGCUGCAUACCUGACAAUGUACAACAUUUGUUUCACCUCAAUGCCAAUCUUGGCAUACAGCUUAUUGGAGCAGCGCAUCAAUAUAGAAAUCCUAUCCUCAAAUCCUAAAUUAUAUAUGCGAAUAUCUGACAAUGCCAUGCUGCAGUGGGGUCCUUUCUUAUACUGGACAUUACUAGGGGCAUUUGAAGGACUAGUAUUUUUCUUUGGGGUUUACUUCCUCUUUCAGAAUCCAGCUCUGGAAGGCAAUGGGCAGGUAUAUGGAAACUGGUCAUUUGGAACAAUGGUCUUCACUAUAUUAGUGUUUACAGUUACAUUAAAGCUUGCAUUGGAUACUCGAUACUGGACAUGGAUGAACCAUUUGGCUAUAUGGGGCUCAUUAGCAUUUUAUGUGAUUUUUUCACUCUUCUGGGGAGGAAUUAUUUGGCCUUUCCUCAAACAACAGAGAAUGUACUUUGUAUUUUCUCACAUACUGACAUCAGUGUCUAUCUGGCUUGGGAUAAUUCUACUUAUUUUUGUCAGUCUCUACCCAGAGAUUGUUUUGAUAUUAGUUAAAAAUCUUAAAACUGCAAACCAAAAGGAACAUCAACUGUCUUCAUGCUCUCUCAAACCUCCAGCAAUCACAGUUUCCCAUGGAAUGAUUAAGAGGAUCUCAUAUCAGCCUCCAGUGCUAAUUUCAUACAAGAGUAUGGAGAAUGGAUUCAUUUCAAAGAAGAAAACUGAGGAUUAUAAAUUAAACACCUUUUUGUAAACGUUAGAUCAUUAUUAUAAAUGAUCUGUAUAUUUACACUGUGCAAAUUCAACCACUAUAUACAAUGUACACAGUGACGAAUACUGUGGUAUUGGAAAAUACUGUGGAAAUCAAAGCGUGCCAAACCGAGCUGGUUAAUUGCUCUGCUUAGAACAUAACCUGUCUGGAUUGCAAAUUGCAUGGGAAUGGGGCAUACAGACUGCAAGUCAGAUUGUAUUCUACAAAAUUCUUUUGCUUAAUGACCUUGCUGCAAGAACUGUUGGAAUGAAUGGAGUCAAAGUGCAGCUUUUUCAGAAACAAAUAUCCUGCCAAAAUGUUGGUGCAUGAAGCAACUUCUUCAGUGCAGUUAUGCCAAGCAUUGCACAUCAGUUAUUCAGCAGGAGCCUACAGCGUGGCCAGCUAAUGCUGCACAGUGCAUUACAUCCCUAAAAGGUCAGCAUAUUCGCGCACCUUCACCCACUUCCACCCACUAGCACGGAGCUCACAAAUAUCUAUCUAGGUUACAGAAAUAAAGUAUUACUUUACCCAGUUUUUAAGAUGAAUUUCAGAUGUAAUUUUUUUUCCUGUAAGAAAUAUUUUGCAGUAAUAUUCAUUAACGUAUUUUUUAUUUAUUUUUUUUAAAUGGGGGAACUAGAAGUAUAUACACCCCUCUUCAGUAGGAAUUUUUUUUUUUUUCAAGCAUCUCAUGCAACAGGACACCACUUAUGCAUUUCUGUAUAGUUCUGCUAAAGUAUAAUUGGACCCUACUAGCUCUGCAUACAGCCCGUCUUACUCCAAUCUGCUUCUACAUCCAGAAGUGAACUCCUGAUAAGGGUCACAAGUGAUGCAUGUGCAGCUGCAAGAGAUCAUAACCAGUUAUACAUAAGAAUGUUAUUUCCAGCUUACCCAAUUAUAGGUAUAGGAUCUAUAUUUUUACGAAUGCUUGGCACCUGGGGGUUUCCAGAUAAGGGGUCCUUUCAAUAAUGCAGAGCACCAUGAAUUAAGGAUGCUUAAAAACUUUUUGUUCUGUCACCAAUAUAGAUUUAUGCUAUCUUAGUUACCAUCAAGUACAGUCUUAUUAUUUAAAAGAUAGAGCAAAUCAGUAGCUAUCAAACUUUUUUUAAAUAGGAAAUUAUUGGAAGUGCCAUUUCGGUAUUUUGGAACUAUUAAGAUAAAGGUUUUCAAGAUAAUAGAAUCCUAAACCUGUAGACCGCACUUGCUGUAAUUACUUAUUGGUUAGAAACCUUGGGCCCUUGAAUAGCUAUCUUGUACAAAAGCACUUUCUAUAUAGUGGCACAAGAUGGUGCCGUUCUGUUCUACUCUUCACACCGAGUUCCCAGCUAUAUGUUAUAUAAAUAACUCUAUACUGAGUGCACAGUAAGCUGUGUCUUCAUGAUUAGGUGUUUGUUUCCCAUUAAAAGAACUCUUGGGGAUUUUAUAUUAGAAAAGAGCCUAGCUUUGAAAUAUAUUCAUUUUAAUACAUGUAAUAAUUUAAAAGAUUAGUUAAUAUUUUCUUUAUGGUGUCCUGGCACAGAUGCAGCCAGAGACCAAAUGGUACCAAGCAUGUUUACAUCCAGUGAAAUGGCCAAGAGUAUCCAUUUAUAAUGGCACAAAAACUUUCCAUUUGGUUUCACUGACUGUAUUCUCUAAAGAGAAUUGUAAAUGGUAUUUAUUAAAAUCAAAACUUAAAUAAGGUCUAUUUUUCUACACAGUAUCAAAUACCUUAUUUUUUUCACUCAGACAUAAAGCAAAUUCCCAGUAUACAAUUCAUAAUGCAAAUAAAUG